AUGCAGCGGAUAGCUCAGAUAUAUAAUGGAUACGUCAUGGUCAUCGGUAUGACCUCCUACUUAAACGUCGGCGGAAAAUUCAAGCAAACAAGGAUAACCCAGGCGUAUGCCCUGGUAAUCAACGCCGUCACAUUGACCCUGCUGCCGGGGGCUCUAUGGGAAUCGGCACGGACUAUGACCAUGGUUGACUGGGUGCCUUCGUUUGUGUGGACAAUUCCUUACGUUGUGCAUUCGAUAAGCUAUGCUGUGAUUGCCUACACUUUGAUUUCAAGAUGCUAUCGAGACGCCAUGCUGUUGGAUCUGGAACUGGUUAUAAAGCAACUGAAUCGUGAGAUGUUGCGUACGGGAAAGCAGAUGAACUCGAAGUUGCAAAGAUUAUUUCUACUGAAAACAUUUACUUUAACGUAUUUGUGUUUCGCCUACAUGAUGAGCAUAUUUGUCUGGCGAUGGGGACAUUCCUGGGCGUAUAUAAUGAAGGCAUUACUGAUAAAUAUGUCCUUUAACAUACUCAUUGCCAGCACAUAUUUCUACUUUGUGUCCCUCUGGCAAAUAGCGCGGGGCUACGACUUUGUGAACCAGCAACUUCAGGAGAUUACAUCAGCUAAUUGGAAUGAUUUCAAAGAGCAAGCUGAGGAACUUCGGAGUCUUUGGGCUUUGCAUGCGAAUCUCAGCAGGACGGCCGAACGUAUAAACAGGCAUUACGGACCACAGAUGCUCGCCUCACGUUUCGAUCACUUUAUUUUCUCGAUUAUCAACGGAUACUUGGGCACGGUCAACGCACGAUACGAUGAUUGUUCGUCCGUUGAGAACGUUUUCGGUUUCUUUCUCUAUUGUAUACGAAGCCUGGACUUCUUUCUCAACGACUACAUUUGCGAUUUGAUGACUCAAUACCAGAGCGAGGUUAAGACCUACAUUACCGAGGGCCAGAUGUCUAAGGAGCUCAGUUCUUAUGUGAUUUAUGAACAUAGCAUGAGGCUUAACUUGCUGGUUUGCGGACUGUAUCCGGCCAAUAGGAAUAAAUGGAUGCACAUGAUAGCAUCUAUCAUCAUUCAUUCUAGCCUGUUGUUGCAAUUUCAUCUAAUUAUGACCAAGAAAUAG